AUGGCUCAAAGUAAGCUUAACGAUAUGGCUGGAAAGUUUGCGAAAGGUGGUCCACCAGGUCUUGGUAUUGGAUUGAAGCUGGUAGCAGUUGUCGGUGCGGCGGCCUAUGGCGUCUCCCAAUCUUUAUUCACUGUUGAAGGUGGUCAUCGCGCUAUUAUGUUCAAUAGAAUCGGCGGUAUUCAAAAUGAUGUUAUGGCCGAGGGCUUGCAUUUCCGUAUGCCGUGGUUUCAAUAUCCUAUUAUUUAUGACAUCAGAUCGCGUCCAAGAAAGAUUUCUUCUCCUACUGGAUCUAAAGAUCUACAAAUGGUCAAUAUUUCUCUCAGAGUCUUAUCUCGCCCUGAUUCUAACAGCCUUCCUAUAAUGUACCGACAACUGGGAAUUGACUAUGAUGAAAAAGUAUUACCAUCUAUUUGCAAUGAGGUUUUAAAGUCAGUGGUUGCCAAAUUCAAUGCAUCCCAACUUAUUACACAACGUCAACAAGUUUCUUUACUUAUUAGACGAGAGCUUGUGGAAAGGGCAGCAGAUUUCAACAUUAUCUUAGAUGAUGUGUCGUUGACUGAAUUAAGCUUUGGUAAAGAAUACACUGCGGCAGUUGAGGCUAAACAAGUAGCACAACAGGAAGCCCAAAGAGCUGCUUUUGUAGUAGAAAGAGCUAAGCAAGAACGACAACAAAAGAUAGUGCAAGCUGAGGGAGAAGCAGAAGCAGCAGAGAUGUUGGGUAAAGCUAUGGGUAUGAAUCCAGGUUACUUAAAGUUGCGUAAGAUUAGAGCAGCACAGAGCAUUUCUAGAAUGAUAGCACAGUCUCAAAACAGGGUAUUCCUACCGGGUAACAGCCUAAUGAUUAACCUUCAAGAUCCUUCCUUCGAUGACCUCUCUGAAAAACUAACAAAGAAGAAGUAA